AUAUAAAUAAAUAAAGAUGGCCGAAGUGCUUAUUGUACUGCAGUCGCCAAGUGUCGAUCCAAGUGGUUUAUUGUGUUUUGUGGAUAUCUACAGUAUUGUAAAAGCUUCAAGUUGACUUUCGUCUGUUUGUAGCUAGCUGAUCAGAUUUUUGUUUUCGCCACUGUGAGUAUCCUUAGGCUAUCGCUAAUGGAUGUAAAUAACGCAGAAAUAAAAGAUGGCGAUCAGACGCGACCUUCUUUGAGUGAUGCGCCAUCUAUUGUUGAACUUCCGAAUCCUAUAAUUGACGGGAGCGGCAAAAAGAAAAGACGACGCGGCAAAUCUAAACGAAAAAUUAUGAAACCAUUCAUGAAGGCACCGUGGCAAGAUAGAAGAAAGAACGACAAAACUAAAAGAAACAAUCGGUUCCGUAAGAUCGUAUUGGCUAAAACCCAUGCGCCCUUCAAUAAUAAUCAAUUUCUAAUGGAAAUACACAAACCAGAACCGGAAAAUAAUUUCAAUCGAACACCGGCUCGUACUCGUGAUUCAAGUUUCAGUGUAGACUCUGAGGAUAAUUAUUUUUUCUCCUUACCUGAAGACGAAGAGGAAUAUUUAACUAAAGAGUUUUCUAGUGUUUAUGAAGAUGCGCAAAGUGAACGACUAUCAAAUAUGUCAAAAACCGAACUUAUUCAGGAAUAUCUUUUACUUGAAGCAAAAUAUGACAAUCUCAUGAAAAGAACUGAACGUUCGAAACCCAGAUAUAUAGAAGAAGAAAGGGGUACUCCUACAGAGAGAGAUACAUCUGUUACUGAUAGGGACAGUAUGAUGACUGACAGAGACACCUCUGCUACUUCCAAUGACUCUAGUACUGCUGGUGAUACUUCCGUUGAUGCAUUAAUGCGGCAUGUUAAGGAGCAAGAAGCACAAAUCCGUGAAUUGCAAUUAACUAAUGAACAGUUAAGACUGGAGAAUGAAACUUUGCAACAAAGGAUUCACAAUACAUCAAGUGAAGAUUCUGAAAGUGAUAGUUCUUCCACUACAUCAGGGAGCAGCAGCAGCAGCAGCAGUAAUACAGGUCCAAGUAUGUCUCCAGAGCCCCAACAAGUGGCAGAAGUAAAUAAUGAUGUGAGACUCUCUGUAGAGACUCAAAAUAAUUUAAAUGGCACAAUAGAAGGUACUGAACCUGCAUACCCUCUUGUCAAUGGUUUCCACAAUCCCACUGACUAAAACAUAUUUUUUUAUCUUAACAAUAGAUUCACACAUAACGGAUCAUGAACACUACUAAUUUGCAGCAGCUAAGUAUUUUGGCUGAGUAAAUAUUUUGGCUUUUUAAGAAAAUGCCUUAUCCACCCACAGUACAUUUAAUGUCUCUUAUAUUUUAUGCACAAUAUGCAUUUAGUUACUUGCCUACUUUUAAUUAUAUAAGCAUCCUGUUACUGUACAAAAUUAUUUUGACACUGUUGGAAUGUAAUUGUGAGAUCUGAUAGUAGGUAUUAGGUUUAGAGGAAAUUUUCUGUGAUAUCCUUGUGGAUAUUUUAUCAGUAGUGAUGUUUUUAAAGUGUAAUAUUCCAAAUGGAUCUCACUGUUAUAUUUAUACAGUGUGUUAUUUUGUGUAUUAGUUGUAAGCAAAAAUGUAUGAAGAGUUAUAAUUAUGUAUUUUAGCAAUUCAGACAUAUUUUACGGUUAUUGUUGCUUGUUAAGUAUGAGUAAAAGAUUUUUUUAAAGUUUGAAUUAAACCAAAUUUAAUGUGUCAAGUAGUAGUAGUAGUUUACAUACAUUAGAUGUUUUGACAGGGAAUUUUAAAUCUGCUUACAUAGGGAUGGUUAAGUUUUAAGAAAUAGGAAGUUGUAUGAAUGGGGUCAUCUGAAGACUACAUGUAUACAUUCCAGUUAAAAGAGGAUCACAGUAUUGAACCUUUUUCUUCAUUAAUGUAGGAAUACAAUACAAUAAUAAUUUACACAAAAACAGCUUCCUGUCUCUUAGGCUUAUAAUAAGUUUACUAGUGCCAAGUAAGAGGUGGCCUAUUUGAUAUAAUGUUUUGCUAGUGGCUCUGUUUUUGAGCAGUCAAUAAGAAAAUACAAUUGUAUUUACUGAAAAUUGCAGUCAAAUCGGUCACAUCUGAGUGGUAUAUUUAAGAAACUAUCAAAAUACACAUACAUAAUAAUAAUAAUAACAGGGAUAUUUUUUCUUAUAUAUGUAUAAGUAUGUAUGUAUUAACAUUACAGGUUGUCACACACAUAUCAAGUCAGUAUAAGACCACCUUAAGCCUUAACACAAGAUUGAGGAUUGUUUGUAUGGAAUUCCACAUUACAAUGCACUAAGAAUAUUACUCAGGAUAAGCUAGUACUGAUAAGCUAAAAAGCAAAUGUGUAUGACAACCUUACAAUAUAAAAUAUAAUCUUUUAUUAUGCCUCCCAGAGGCUAAUUUUCAAGGCCACAUGUGUUGUGGUCUAGUUACAGAGCAUACUUACAUUUUAGCAUACUUAUAUUGUAAAUUAAUAGAUUACAUGCAAUGUAUUGUGUAAC